GCGGGAGCCGGAGAAGAAUGAAACUGCGUGGAGUCACCCUGGCUGCCGGCUUGUCCUUACUGGCCCUGAGUCUUUGGGGGCAGCCCGCAGAGGCUGCGGCUUGCUAUGGAUGUUCUUCAGGAUCAAAGUGUGACUGUAAUGGUAUAAAAGGGGAAAAGGGAGAGAGAGGAUUUCCAGGUUUAGAAGGCCAUCCAGGUUUGCCUGGAUUCCCAGGUCCAGAAGGACCUCCAGGGCCUCGGGGACAAAAGGGUGAUGAUGGAAUUCCAGGGCCACCAGGACCAAAAGGAAUCAGAGGUCCUCCUGGACUUCCUGGAUUUCCAGGGACACCAGGUCUUCCUGGAAUGCCAGGCCAUGAUGGAGCCCCAGGACCUCAAGGUAUCCCAGGAUGCAAUGGAACCAAGGGAGAACGUGGAUUUCCAGGCAGUCCGGGUUUUCCUGGUUUACAGGGUCCUCCGGGGCCUCCUGGGAUCCCAGGUAUGAAGGGCCCAGCUGGUCCCAUGGGUAUACCAGGGCCAAUUGGUCCCCCAGGACCACCAGGUUCGAUGGGCCCUCCUGGCCCACCAGGACCACCAGGACCAAAGGGGAAUAUGGGCUUAAAUUUCCAGGGACCCAAAGGUGAAAAGGGUGAGCAAGGUCUUCAGGGCCCACCUGGGCCACCUGGGCAGAUCAGUGAACAAAAAAGACCAAUUGAUGUAGAGUUUCAAAAAGGAGAUCAGGGACUUCCUGGUGACAGAGGGCCUCCUGGUCCUCCAGGGAUACGUGGUCCUCCAGGUCCUCCAGGUGGUGUGAAAGGUGAAAAGGGUGAGCCAGGAGAGCCAGGAAAAAGAGGUAAACCAGGCAAAGAUGGAGAGAAUGGCCAACCAGGAAUUCCAGGUUUGCCUGGUGAUCGUGGUUACCCUGGUGAACCAGGAAGGGAUGGUGAAAAGGGCCAAAAAGGUGACAUUGGCCCUCCUGGGCCUCCUGGACUUGUAAUUCCUAGACCUGAGACUGGUGUGACUAUAGGAGAAAAAGGAAACAUGGGAUUAGCUGGCUUGCCUGGAGAAAAAGGAGAACGAGGAUUUCCUGGAAUACAGGGUCCACCUGGCCUUCCUGGACCUCCAGGGACUGCAGUUAUGGGUCCUCCUGGUCCCCCUGGAUUUCCUGGAGAGAGGGGCCAGAAAGGUGAUGAAGGUCCACCAGGAAUUUCUAUUCCUGGAUCUCCUGGACUUGAUGGACAGCCUGGGGCUCCUGGCCUUCCAGGGCCCCCUGGCCCUCCUGGACCUCACAUCCCUCCUAGUGAUGAGAUAUGUAAAGCAGGCCCUCCAGGCCCACCUGGAUUGCCAGGUGAUAAAGGACUACCUGGGGAACAAGGAGUGAAAGGUGACAAGGGUGACACCUGCUUCAACUGCAUUGGAACUGGUAUUUCAGGGCCUCCAGGCCAACCUGGUUUGCCAGGUCUCCCAGGUCCUCCAGGAUCUCUUGGUUUCCCUGGACAGAAAGGUGAAAAAGGACAUGCUGGAGCAAUUGGUCCCAAAGGAUUACCAGGCAUACCAGGAGCUCCAGGUGCUCCAGGUUUUCCUGGAUCUAAAGGUGAACCUGGUGACAUCCUCACUUUUCCAGGAAUGAAGGGUGACAAAGGAGAAUUAGGCUCCCCUGGAGUUCCAGGGCUUCCUGGUUUACCUGGCACUCCUGGACAGGAUGGAUUGCCAGGACUUCCUGGCCCCAAAGGAGAGCCUGGCGGAAUUGCUUUUAAGGGUGAAAGAGGUCCCCCUGGGAACCCAGGUUUACCAGGUCUCCCAGGAGAUAUGGGGCCUAUGGGCCCUGUUGGUUUUGGCCCUCCAGGCCCAGCAGGUGAAAAAGGCAUACAAGGUGUAGCAGGAAAUCCAGGCCAGCCAGGAAUACCAGGUCCUAAAGGUGAUCCAGGUCAGACCAUAACCCAGCCAGGGAAGCCUGGCCUGCCUGGUAAUCCAGGCAGAGAUGGUGAAAUAGGACUUCCAGGUGACCCUGGACUCCCAGGCCAACCAGGCUUUCCAGGAAUACCUGGUAGCAAAGGAGAACCAGGUAUUCCUGGAAUUGGGCUUCCUGGACCCCCUGGUCCCAAAGGUUUUCCUGGAAUACCAGGACCUCCAGGUGCACCAGGAACACCUGGAAGAAUUGGUCUAGAAGGCCCACCUGGGCCACCAGGCUUUCCAGGACCAAAGGGAGAGCCAGGAUUUGGGUUACCUGGGCCACCUGGGCCACCAGGACUCCCAGGUUUCAAAGGAACGCUUGGUCCAAAAGGUGAUCGUGGCUUCCCAGGACCUCCAGGUCCUCCUGGACGUACUGGUUUGGAUGGACUACCUGGACCAAAAGGUGAUAUUGGACCAAAUGGACAACCUGGGCCAGUAGGACCUCCUGGGCUGCCAGGAAUUGGUGUUCAGGGACCACCAGGACCACCAGGGAUUCCUGGACCAAUAGGCCAACCUGGUUUGCAUGGACUACCAGGAGAGAAAGGAGAUCAAGGACCUCCUGGGUUUGAUAUUCCAGGACCCCCUGGUGAGAGGGGCAGUCCAGGAACCCCUGGAGUGCCUGGUCCUGUGGGACCUCCAGGAUCACCAGGCCUCCCAGGAAAAGCAGGUGCUUCUGGAUUUCCAGGUGCCAAGGGUGAAAUGGGUAUGAUGGGACCUCCUGGCCCACCAGGACCUUUAGGAAUUCCUGGACGAAGUGGUGUUCCUGGUCUUAAAGGUGAUGACGGCUUGCAGGGUCAGCCAGGACUUCCUGGCCCUGCAGGAGAAAAAGGUGGAAAAGGAGAACCUGGCCUUCCAGGCCCACCUGGACCGAUGGAUCCAAAUUUCCUGGGCUCAAAAGGAGAGAAGGGGGAACCUGGAUUACCAGGUAUUCCUGGAGUUCCAGGACCAAAAGGCUACCAAGGAUUGCCUGGAGACCCAGGACAACCUGGACUGAGUGGACAACCUGGAUUACCAGGAUCAUCAGGUCCCAAGGGUAACCCUGGUUUCCCUGGCCAGCCAGGACUUAUAGGACCUCCUGGACUUAAAGGAAACAUAGGUGACAUGGGAUUUCCAGGCCCUCAGGGUAUGGAAGGGCCCCCUGGACCUCCUGGAGUUCCUGGAAAACCUGGCUCCCCAGGAUUACCUGGACAGAAAGGAGACAAAGGUGAUCCUGGUGUUUCAGGCAUUGGUCUUCCAGGUCUUCCUGGCCCAAAGGGUGAACCUGGUCUGCCUGGAUACCCAGGGAGCCCAGGCAUUAAAGGUUCUAUGGGAGACACUGGUUUACCUGGAUUACCGGGGACCCCUGGAGCAAAAGGACAACCAGGCCUCCCUGGAUUCCCAGGAACCCCAGGCCUUCCUGGACCAAAAGGUAUUAAUGGUCCUCCUGGAAAUCCUGGCCUUCCAGGAGAACCUGGUCCUGUAGGCAGUGGAGGUCUUCCUGGCCCACCAGGACCUCCAGGUGAAAAGGGCAAACCAGGUCAAGAUGGUAUUCCUGGACCAGCUGGACAGAAGGGUGAACCAGGUCAACCAGGUUUUGGAAUCCCAGGACCCCCAGGACUCCCAGGACUUUCGGGCCAAAAGGGUGAUGGAGGAUUACCUGGCAUUCCAGGAAACCCUGGCCUUCCGGGUCCAAAGGGUGAACCAGGUUUUCAGGGCUUCCCUGGUGUGCAGGGUCCCCCAGGCCCUCCUGGUUCUCCAGGUCCAGCUCUGGAAGGCCCUAAAGGCAACCCUGGGCCCCAAGGUCCCCCUGGGAGACCAGGUCCUCCAGGUUUUCAAGGUCUACCAGGUCCAGAAGGUCCCAGAGGUCUUCCUGGAAAUGGAGGUAUUAAAGGAGAGAGGGGAAACCCAGGCCCACCUGGGCCACCUGGCUUGCCUGGUUUGAAAGGAGAUCAAGGACCACCAGGACUUCCGGGUAAUCCUGGCCGACCAGGUCUCAAUGGAAUGAAAGGAGAUCCUGGUCUCCCUGGUGUUCCGGGAUUCCCAGGCAUGAAAGGACCCAUUGGAGUGCCUGGUUCAACUGGCCCUGAAGGGGAACGAGGUCUUAUAGGGCCCCCAGGUCCUCCUGGGUUACCUGGUCCUUCAGGACAAAGUAUUAUAAUCAAAGGAGAUGCUGGUCCUCCAGGGGUCCCUGGCCAACCUGGACUAAAAGGCCCACCAGGACUACCAGGCCCUCAAGGUUUACCAGGUCCAAUUGGCCCUCCAGGAGAUCCUGGACGCAAUGGACUCCCUGGCUUUGAUGGUGCUGGAGGGCGCAAAGGAGACCCAGGUCUGCCAGGUCAACCAGGUACUCGUGGUUUGGAUGGGCCCCCAGGACCAGAUGGAUUGCAAGGUCCCCCAGGUCCUCCAGGAUCCUCCUCUAUUGCUCAUGGAUUCCUCAUCACACGCCACAGCCAAACAACUGAUGCACCCCAGUGCCCAGAGGGAACAGUCCAGGUCUAUGAAGGCUUUUCUCUCCUAUAUGUUCAAGGAAAUAAAAGAGCCCAUGGUCAAGACUUAGGGACAGCUGGCAGCUGCCUUCGUCGCUUUAGUACGAUGCCUUUCAUGUUCUGCAACAUCAAUAAUGUUUGCAACUUUGCUUCAAGAAAUGACUAUUCUUACUGGCUUUCCACCCCAGAGCCCAUGCCAAUGAGCAUGGAACCCCUGAAGGGCCAGAGCAUCCAGCCAUUCAUUAGUCGAUGUGCAGUAUGUGAAGCUCCAGCUGUGGUAAUUGCAGUUCAUAGUCAGACCAUCCAGAUUCCACAUUGUCCUCAAGGAUGGGAUUCUCUGUGGAUUGGUUAUUCCUUCAUGAUGCAUACAAGUGCAGGAGCAGAGGGCUCAGGUCAAGCCCUGGCUUCCCCUGGAUCCUGUUUGGAAGAGUUUCGUUCAGCUCCCUUCAUCGAAUGUCAUGGGCGGGGAACGUGUAACUACUAUGCCAACUCCUAUAGCUUUUGGCUGGCAACUGUAGAUGUAUCAGACAUGUUCAGUAAACCUCAGUCAGAAACACUGAAAGCAGGAGACUUGAGAACACGUAUUAGCCGAUGCCAAGUGUGCAUGAAGAGGACAUAACAUUUUGAAGAAUUUGUUGUGUUUUUAAAUGUGACAUAUAUAUAAAAUUCCCAGGAUUCAUUGUCUCACUCUCCCCAACUUUACCACUGCUAUCACCAAUGGUGCUACUAUAUAUGACCAAGAGAGCAUGCUGACUGGUAACCAUGAAGAUUCAGAUGUACCUCAGCAAUGUGUCAGAGCAAGGCCUCUCAUUUUUUUAUGAAAGAAAUCAGGAAGUGAAUUUACUUUAUGGGUCCAGAAUGAUUUCUCCAAGGAUUACAAGAUGAAGAUUAUAUAUUUUGCCCAGUUAGUAAAACAGCACAUUAAAAAUUCAAUUAAGAGAAGAAUCACACUGAGUAAAAUAAAAGACUGCAGUUUGGGAGAAGAAUUAUUUUUCAUGGUGCUACUAAUCCUACUGUAUCCCAGGUUUUUAAUAUAAAAGUGUUAAGCUUAUUUUGCUCUGUAAGUAAAGAAUGUGUAUAUUAUGUAAACAGCCUUUUUGCUCAAAAUGUUGAGUCAUUUAGAUGUGACCUGGAAUGAAUCACUCUUAACAGAAAAUGUAAGAAUGCCUAGAAUACAGACA